AUGCUGCUCGCCUUUUCGGAUCACGGCCGAUCGAAUGACUCCCAGGUCGUGUUUGGAAGAAUGCCCAAGCAAAAUCUCGUGGCUGGGAACGCGCUCGUCAGCUCCCUCUCGCGAGCGGGCGAUCUCACGGCUGCCAGGCUCGUGUUUGAGGAUCUCCCAGAGCGCGAUUCCAUCUCCUGGAACACGCUGCUCAUCGGCGCGGUAGAGGAGAGCUUCAGGAUCGACGGUGGAGAUUCAAAUCCAGCUCGAAUCGAUGGCGCUAAGAAGCUCUUCCUCCUCAUGCCCGCCCUCUCUCUCGUCUCCUGGAACGCGAUGAUCUCCGCCUGUGCUCGAUCGAAUCGCGUCACAGAAGCCCAGACCCUUUUCGAUCAGAUGCCCGAUCACGACACUGUCUCGCUCACCGCGAUCUUCCAAGCUUAUGCGCUGAAUGGGCAUCUCCAAGAAGCAAAGCGGAUGUUCGACUCCACCACGCAAAGAGAUUCCAUCCUCUGGAUGUGUAUGGUCCGGGCGUAUAUCGAGGACGGCCAGAUCCAGCGCGCACACGAGCUCUUCGACAGGAUGGACGGACGAGAUUCGUCGUGCUGGACAUCGAUGGUCCAGGCUCACGCCGUAGACGGCAAUACGGAAGACUCCAUAGCCAUGCACGAGAGAAUGCCGUACCACGGAAGGAUCGCAUCUACGUCGGUUCUGACGGCUUAUUCCCAGGCCGGGAAUCUCAGCUCCGCCAAGGCCGUGUUUGAAACCAUGCAAGAAAGAGAUAUUGUCGCCUGGACCGCAAUCCUUACGGCAUAUGCCCAAAGAGGGUAUAACCUUGAGACUUCUCAAACUUUCAAGAUGAUGCCCGAAUGGAGAUAUGCCCAGAACGGGCAUUGCGAUUCGGCGAUCGAGGCCUUCCGUGCGAUGAACCUGGAGGGCGAUGCAGCGCCGAAUGACAUCUCCCUCACGAAUGUCUUGGCGGCCUGCGGCCACAAGGGCCUGCUGGAGAUGAGCCGGGAGUGUUUUGUGUCGGUGAGCUCUGACUAUGGAUUGAAGCAGUGCAAAGAGCAGUAUAGCUGUGUGGUUGAUCUGCUGGGACGACUGGGAGAAAUUGAGAUUGCCGAGGAGAUUGUGAAGGCAAUGCCAUUUGUGGCUGAUGAUGUGGUGUGGGGCUCUGUGUUAGGUGCCUGUAGAACCCAAGAGGAGAAUGGGAUGAGAGCAGCAGUUCAAGCAGUGGAUUGGAUUGCACAACUCAAUCCAGACAAUGGCUCGUGUUACAUCCUCUUAGCAAACAUGUAUGCUACGACUAAUCCCUGA